AUGCCUGGAACCAACGACCAACCUGUGAACGCUAAAGCUGAUGCUCCGACAGACAAUUCAAUGGAAGCAUUGGAAGCGCAAUUGCAAGAUCUCCAGCAACAAGUACUUUCCCAGCAGGCAACGAGAGGUACGGAGGUUGAAUCUAGCCAUGCUCAAGUGCGACCACCACCUUUUUGGCGAGAAAAUGUGAAGCUCUGGUUCGCUCAACUCGAAGCACAGUUUACAUUGGUGAAUUUGCGAUCUGAUGCCCGAAAGUUUAACCUCGUCAUUGCUCAUCUGGAUCAGACCACAGCCACAGAAGUACAAGACGUAAUCAUCAAUCCACCACAAGGUAAUGCAUAUGUUCGAUUAAAAGAAGAACUUAUUUCUCGUUUGGCCCCAUCUAGAGACACACAGAUUAGGCAAAUGCUAGAUCGAGAACAGCUAGGUGACAGGAAACCGUCUCAGUUUCUUCGACGAUUGAAGGAUUUAGCUGGCGGUACAAUGACUGACGAUGCUUUAAAGGCAAUUUGGAUUGAUAGAUUGCCUGUCCAAACACAAUCUAUACUUGCUGCACAUCCUCCUGGUACAGCUGAAAAUCCAACAAAUCUUGAUAACCUUGGUCUCAUCGCAGACAGAAUCAACGACGUCAUUCCACAGCAACAAGUUGCCAGCACAUCUAGCCACCCAAAUCCUUCAUUUUUGAGUCUCUCAGAGAAAGUGGAACAACUGGCUAAGCAAGUUGAAGCCAUGUACACGAACCGAGGAGACCAAAAUCGCAGGCUGGCAAGAUCGAGAUCACGCUCUCGUGCUAGGCAAAACAGAAAUCCAACACCAACUUCGAACGAGAAGAAAAACAACAAUCAAACUAGUUUUUGCUAUUUCCAUCGUAACUGGGGAUCUAAAGCAAGAAAUUGCCGCCCACCAUGUGAUUUCAACCAAGCGGGAAACGAAAACGGAUGUCAUUGA